AUGCUUAGUGUGGCCUUUUUGGCUGUCUUGUCCGCCAUUGCAACACUUGGACAGGGUGGCACAGUGAAGUCGUUCACGGAAGUGGCCCCGAAGACUCAUACAGAUCAUGAUGGAACGCUUUGUCCAUACAAGGCCGACAUCGUCAUACUGAUGGAUGCCUCCAGCAGCAUUGGACCAGAAAACUACCUGGUAAUGAAGAACUUCCUUAGAGGCGUUGUUCAGCAUUUCGACGUAGGCCAAGACAACGUCCGCGUUGGACUUAUCACGUUCAACUUCGGGGCAUUGGUCGAAUUCAACUUAAACCAGUUCAGUACCAAAGAAGAGGUUCUCCAGGCAUUUGAUCAUGUUCAAGGCAUACACGAAGGUACAGCCACUCACAGGGCCCUGAAAUAUGCGCGUGAGAUCUCCUUCACGGCCGAGAAUGGCGACCGCCCGGAUAUCCCCAACGUCGCCAUUUUGUUGACGGAUGGACAAUCAACGCAUCCAGACAAGACAGCGACAGAACAGGCGCUUCUCAAGGCCGCUGGAGUCCGGGUGUUUGCCAUCGGUAUUGGCUGGGUGGACGAAGCAGAGUUACGACUCAUCGCUAGCGAUCCCGUGGACAAAUACUUCCACUACGUUAAGGACUUCAGUGGUCUUGACGAGAUUCUGGCCGAAUUCCAGCAAACAUCUUGCGCCGAGAUCACCCGACCAAUUCCAACAACGCCCUUACCGACGACAACCUUGGCACCGAUAACUACAACAAAAAAACCUUGCCCAUAUGCCGCCGAUGUUAUGAUUCUGAUGGACGCAUCCAGCAGUAUCGGACCGGAGAACUUUGAAAAGAUGAGACAGUUCCUUCUGGGUGUCAUCGGCCAUUUUGAAAUCGGUGAGGACAGAGUUCGAGUAGGACUGAUAAUCUACAACCACGGCGCGAGAUUCGAGUUUUACCUCAACACCUACCAUACGAAGGAGGAAGUCGUGAGCGCCUUUGCUCCUCUCCAAGGCACAGAAGUAGGAACCGCUACCCACGCUGCACUGAGAAUCGCUCGAGAGACUGGCUUCACGUCAGAGCAUGGGGACCGACCUGGUAUACCCAACAUCGCUAUUCUGAUCACGGACGGAAGGUCAACUCACCCAGACCAAACUGCAUCAGAACAGGCGCUUCUGAAGGCGGCGGGCGUCAGAGUGUUUGCAAUCGGUAUUGGAUGGACAGAUGAGAACGAACUACGCCUGAUCUCUAGCGAUCCGGACGAACGCUAUUUCCACUAUGUCGACAACUUUGAUGGGCUACAGGAAAUCCUAGGAGAGUUUCAAGACACCUCUUGUAAUGGUGGCACAGUGAAGUCGUUCACGGAAGUGUUCCCGAAGACUCAUACAGAUCAUGAUGGUAAGAUGGCUCAGCAUUCAUCGUCUAAGUGUACUGAGGAAUUAAUCACAACUGUUUUAAUACCUCUGUUUGUAGGAACGCUUUGUCCAUACAAGGCCGAUAUCGUCAUACUGAUGGAUGCCUCCAGCAGCAUUGGACCAGAAAACUACCUGGUAAUGAAGAACUUCCUUAGAGGCGUUGUUCAGCAUUUCGACGUAGGCCAAGACAACGUCCGCGUUGGACUUAUCACGUUCAACUUCGGAGCAUUGGUCGAAUUCAACUUAAACCAGUUCAGUACCAAAGAAGAGGUUCUCCAGGCAUUUGAUCAUGUUCAAGGCAUACACGAAGGUACAGCCACUCACAGGGCCCUGAAAUAUGCGCGUGAGAUCUCCUUCACGGCCGAGAAUGGCGACCGCCCGGACAUCCCCAACGUCGCCAUUUUGUUGACGGACGGACAAUCAACGCAUCCAGACAAGACAGCGACAGAACAGGCGCUUCUCAAGGCCGCUGGAGUCCGGGUGUUUGCCAUCGGUAUUGGCUGGGUGGACGAAGCAGAGUUACGACUCAUCGCCAGCGAUCCGGUGGACAAAUACUUCCACUACGUUAAGGACUUCAGUGGUCUUGACGAGAUUCUGGCCGAAUUCCAGCAAACAUCUUGCGCCGAGAUCACCCGACCAAUUCCAACAACGCCCUUACCGACGACAACCUUGGCACCGAUAACUACAACAAAAAAACCUUGCCCAUAUGCCGCCGAUGUUAUGAUUCUGAUGGACGCAUCCAGCAGUAUCGGACCGGAGAACUUUGAAAAGAUGAGACAGUUCCUUCUGGGUGUCAUCGGCCAUUUUGAAAUCGGUGAGGACAGAGUUCGAGUAGGACUGAUAAUCUACAACCACGGCGCGAGAUUCGAGUUUUACCUCAACACCUACCAUACGAAGGAGGAAGUCGUGAGCGCCUUUGCUCCUCUCCAAGGCACAGAAGUAGGAACCGCUACCCACGCUGCACUGAGAAUCGCUCGAGAGACAGGCUUCACGUCAGAGCAUGGGGACCGACCUGGUAUACCCAACAUCGCUAUUCUGAUCACGGACGGAAGGUCUACUCACCCAGACCAAACUGCAUCAGAACAGGCGCUUCUGAAGGCGGCGGGCGUCAGAGUGUUUGCAAUCGGUAUUGGAUGGACAGAUGAGAACGAACUACGCCUGAUCUCUAGCGAUCCGGACGAACGCUAUUUCCACUAUGUCGACAACUUUGAUGGGCUACAGGAAAUCCUAGGAGAGUUUCAAGACACCUCUUGUAAUGAUAUAACUCGACCAAACACCAAUGCCGUAACAGUCACCGUUACCCCUGCUCCUGCCAGCCUUAAAUCUGGUAAUAUGGUUUUAUCGUUUUACCAGAUUGUCGGUGAAAGGGAACUGUUAUUUUCGUCCAAGAUACCACGAUGGCUGAAACCAAUGAAAUCCCUUGCCCUGGCACGGCUACAUGCAAUAUGUGCCCGUCUUCAGUGA